AUGGCCGCGAGUGACCAAUGUGGUGCGGAAAAAGCGGUAAAAAGUGACAUUCUAGACCCGCGUUUGGACUUUUUCAGCGAAAAAUUCGAUCCGUUGUUGGCUCUCGCAACUCCCAAUCUAAAAAUACCGGUGCCGACGGCUAAAUGUCACGACAACAUCGGCAAACUAAAGUGUGUUUUGGAGGAGCGUGACGGCGAUAAACAAAAGCCAGCUGUUGCGAGAAAGCGAGACGUCAGGCCCGAGGCGGGAAGUUCAAAGAGCUUCGUCGAAAGUGGUCGCAGAUUUUUACCGCAUCAAAUGCCGAUAAAAUCAACAACAGUCAAAAUUAGAAACAACAUUUUUACCCGGAUGGAAAAUAUGGAAGGUCCUUUAAGCCUGCUUAAAAAAUGUAUGGACGAACGUAUUAAAACCAAGAUUUGGACCCGUCAUGGUUUUGGACUUCGAGGUUAUUGCAUAGCGUAUAUUGUAGCUUUUGAUAAACACUGGAACUUAGCGUUGGAGGAUGUUACGGAAGUUUGGACAAAAAGUAUAAAACAUAAAGUACCUGCAAAUUUAGAUGAUCUGGACAAGAAGCGACGUUUUCGGGUAGAAGCUCGGCCUCCAAAAGUGGAAGUUUUAAAAACGACAAAAAAGUUUCAAGUUUGUAAAAGACAUUUAGAUCAAGUUAUGAUGAGGGGUGAACACGUUGUGACAAUUUGUUUACUAAAAGACGAAGUAGAUUUAGAUAUGUUAUUGUUUUUAAAACAGUUGCAUCUUAAAGGCUAA